AUGAUAGUCUCGCACCAUCCCAAUGAUGCAAUGAGGGAAAUCCAGGAUGCCCAGAAAGAGCAGCGGGCGGCGUUGGAUAUGCUUACAAAGCAACUUUCUCAAGUUGCGAUGUCGUUGGGAGAGCUGAGGGGAAAUGAGGGAAAAAUCCUUGCUACUGUGCAGCCACCUGGUCGUGAAAACAUCAGCGAAGUGUCCCUAAGAUCAGGGAAAGUCUACCAAAGCCCUAGCCCACCUGUGAUGUCUCCAGCAUCAAUGUCUGGACCAAGCCGUGAAGAGGAAGGAGAAUCCAGUAGGGUGGGUCAAGCAAAAGGGACAGACAAAGGCAAAGCGAAAGUGGGAGGUGAAUCCUCAGAAGGAAGUCAGGGAGAAGAAGCAGAGAAAGUAAAACCAUAUCUGUACCGAGGAAUGGUGACAAGGAAAAGAGACGCCAUGAUUGACGUGGCUAAUAUGUUCAAGGAAGUGGAAGUGAAGGUGCCGCUCUUGACGGCCUUAAAGAUGCCCCCGAUCAGUAAAUUCGUCAAGGACUACCUGGCGGGAAAAAUCAACAAAGAAGGGAGACUUAUUACAGAGGAGAACGUCUCUGUCGUGAUCCAGAGAAACGACCUCCCCUCCAAGAAGACUGAUCCGGGAAUGUUCACGCUCCCAAUUUCGAUUGGGGAAAUUCAAGUGGAGCACGCGAUGUGCGAUUUGGGGACGUCUAUCAACGUUCUACCAUACUCCAUCUAUAGGAAGCUGGGAGCGGCCAAGCUCGUCGACACUGACAUCAUGAUCCAAUUGGCCGACAGAUAG